AUGCCUUUCAUGAGCUCUACCAUUCAGCAUAGAUCAAACAUUACAAAUAACUUUACAUCCCUAUUCAAGAAACCCUCAUCCAUUCCGCUUGCUUUGGCGCCAUCUUCCUCUUCACAUCCUUCGAUGCCUAUGGAUAACUCUCACUCUUCUUAUCCAAACCACUCAGUGCCCUUGGCAAAUCCCUCAAUGUCCAUGACCAAUCCUUUGGUGCCCAUGGCAAAGACCUCGGUACCCAUGACAAUUCGUUCGAUGCCCAAGGGGAAAGAAAAAGAAUGGAAAAAAGUUACAAGGAAAGGAGGUCCCAAAUCAAACUUGAAAGCGAACCACCAAAUAACCAAAGAAAUCUGUAAGUCAAAGGAAUUAAGUGAAUCUGGAAAGGAAGGAGUUAACAAUUUCAAUGUGCUACUAGGUGAGCAUUCUGGCAAGGAUGGGGAUAUUAAGGAAAGUAUUGAAGUAGUGCUUCAUAAUGAUGAUCCAUCUAAUGUUAUCAGUAAUGUUAGAGUCCCAAUAGCCAAGGAGAAGGAGGUUUUGAACCCACCUUUGUCUGUGAUAGAGAGGGAUCAUGGGUUUGGAGUGAGUAACAAAUAUGUGUCUAUUGGAGAGGAUGGAAAAACGGGAUAUGAUAAUAUGAAGGCAUGUGAUGAAGUCUGCCCUUCUACUCAUUUACAGGGGGAGACGCGUGAUGUAGUGCUGCUAGAGGAUGGAAUCCUUGAAUGUUUGUUGAACCAACAACACUAUUCAUCUGCAUCUUCUUCCUUCUUGGUGGAUCAUUCGUAUAAGCGGAGAGGAAGACAAAAUUUUUCCGUGGAUGAUGAAAAUGGUCUGAUUAGAGACAAAGAACCACCUAACAAGGGUUUUAGCUCUGACCAAGAAAGCACAAAGAAUUGGGUUGAUAUGAUAGAGGAUUCGGCUGAUGAUGAAGCUCAUAGGCUCGCUUUGGUUACUCAAAUAGUAGAUGAAUACUCAGAUUCAAGUACUGGGUGCAGUCCCAGAGAGAAUGUCGUCCCAUCUACUUUAUGA